UAAAUUUUAAUCUUUCUUUUCUCUCUUCCCGAAGGUUCAGGUUUUGCUGUCUUAUCAAAGUUUUUUUCCGCGAAAAUCAGACACAAUGGAGUUGUGCCCUUCCGUAAAAAACAUUCUUCUUCUGGAUUCUGAGGGGAAACGUGUUGCUGUCAAGUAUUAUUCAGAUGACUGGCAAACAAAUAGUGCAAAGGAAGCUUUUGAAAAAUCAGUUUUUACCAAAACUCAAAAGACAAAUGCCCGGACAGAAGCGGAGAUAGUGAUGUUUGAUAGCAACAUUGUUGUAUACAAGUUUGUUCAAGACCUCCACUUCUUUGUUACUGGGGGUGAAGAAGAAAAUGAGAUGAUAUUAUCCACUGUUCUCCAGGGAUUCUUUGAUGCGGUUGGUCUUCUCCUGAGGGGUAAUGUGGACAAGAAGGAGGCACUUGAGAACUUGGACCUCAUUCUUUUAUGCCUUGAUGAAAUUAUUGAUGGCGGAAUUGUUCUUGAAACUGAUGCAAAUGUUAUUGCGGGGAAGGUUUCAAGCCAUAGCAUCGAUGCCGGAGCACCUUUGUCUGAACAGACUAUAAGUCAGGCAUUGGCUACUGCGCGUGAACAUUUUACGAGAUCUCUGCUCAAAUGAUAUACGGGAAGUAAGAUAAGAUGGAGGGGCAAAGCGGGUCAUUCUGAUUUUGUUUUCUAUAUGCUGGUUGAAUUGCCGGAUAAAUUGCUUCAUUUUUUUUCCCCAUAGGAUAAAUUGCUUCAGUUUACCGUCUUAAUUCAGUGGAUGAUGUUAUGUCAUGUCAAAAGGUUUGCUAGCUUUCACCCUAUUUUGCAACUUAAACAACAUAGGCUACAACAUUGUUGACACAUACGAAUUUGAAAGCUUUUUUACACAUUCUUGCUGAUUUUUUUUUUU